AUGUGGAUUGGCAUGAGAGACGAUCAAGAGUCGCUGGAUUUUGCAGACCCCAAUCAAGAAAGCAAAAUCAUCAAACUUGGAGACACGAAAAAUCUUCUGGCUGGAGAAUCCAGAAAUAUUCUGAAUCAUCAUGAAACUGCGUCUUCCGUUCUCUGGCCAGAAUUGUUUUUGCAUCUGGAUUUCUAUCCCAUUUGCACUCGAUCCAUUUCCCGAUACUUGCAAGAAGAUUUUCCCGUGGAAACAGAAAUGUUAAACACAAAUCUUUCAUCCCACAAAACUUGCUCUGAUCUAAUUUCCUUAUACAUCAUCGAGACCAACUAUGUGUGUUUGGCAUAUCCAGAAUGUAUUCGGCAGAUGCAAGCCAGUGCACUUUUGAUUGACCAGUUGGAGAAUUCUUUUGAAAACAGAGACUUUUGCCUCGACGGCCUUAAAGGGUGCUUAAAGCUAGGCGAAGAAAUUGCCGAAAAGAACUUGCUUGUACGAGAUAUGCUUCUUUUUGGCAAGAUGAUUAUAGAUGUGUUGACCAAGUUUAGUGAAAACGACAAAAACUUGGUUAAUCCACUCGAAGCCUUCACUAAUAGACAUGAUGUGUUUCUGAAUGUAUUCGCUUUUCAGAUUAUAGAAGAUACGAUAGACUUCCAUACCGAAGUUAUGGAGUUCUAUGCGGAAAUUUUGGGAGCCCUUGGUUGUCCGCUUGAUUGA